GAGCAAAUGCCUGGCUUUAUAAAGACUUGGUUCUGUCCAGAGGGACAGCCCUUCAUCGACUUGGAGACAAGCUGAGGACACGCAGCAGUUCAGGUCUACACAGCAGUGGUCAGCAAGCGUGUCACGGAAACACCCCGCGGGAGGAAGCAACGGGCUCGAUGCCCCAAUAUUGGAGGGAUCGUCUCACUUUGCCCUACGCCAUGGAAGCCUGUUGAUUCCUUUAACUCUGCUCCCAAAGUGCCCUUGUGCAUUUUCAGGGGAGGCGAAAGGAGGAGGCGGACAGUUAAUUCGGCACCAGACUCAGUCGCCGGGUGGAUUUCAGAAAGAACACAUUUAUUUUUUUGAGAAGACAAAGAAUAGUAAUAACUAAACCUUGCAAAGAAAGCAAUUCCAGGAUUUAAAAAAAAAAUUAAAAUUAGUGGCUCGCAAGAUUCCUUUUCCACCCUUUCUUACUGGGUUUUUGGAAUGCUGGGCUCUGUCAAGAUGGAAUCACACGACAUUUCCGAAUGGACUUCAUACUACAACGAACCCACGGAGGUGUUUCCUUCGGUGAGCACGAUGACGUCCAGCUUGGGGCCUAUGAACUCGAUUAAUUCCUACGUGACGCUGAACCCCCUCACUUCCCCCAGCUCCAUGAACAUGCCUUAUCCAAACAGCGGAUUGAGUAGCCCUUCUCUCACUGGACUGACCAACGCCACCAGUUCGAUGGGCCUCCCGUCGGUGGCGUCUCCCGUCAGCCCAGUAUUGACUCAGCUGGGAGCUCAGGCCCCCACACUCAACUCUCUGUCACCUUACCAAAAUGUCGGCCAGUCCAUGGCCCCGCUAAGCUACUCGCCGUCAGGCAUGAACAGGCCCAAGGAGAUCAACAAGUCGUACCGGCGCACGCUGACCCACGCUAAGCCUCCUUAUUCCUACAUCUCCCUCAUCACCAUGGCGAUUCAGCAGGCCCCGAGCAAGAUGCUGACCCUCAACGAGAUCUACCAGUGGAUCAUGGACCUCUUCCCAUACUACCGCGAAAACCAGCAGCGCUGGCAGAACUCCAUCCGCCACUCCCUCUCCUUCAAUGAUUGCUUCGUCAAGGUGGCCCGUUCCCCGGACAAGCCCGGCAAAGGCUCCUACUGGGCCCUCCACCCGAAUUCGGGCAACAUGUUUGAGAACGGCUGUUACCUGAGGAGGCAGAAGCGUUUCAAAAUCGAGGACAAGGCCAAGAAGCCGAACUCCAAAGGCUCCAACGCCCAAGAGCAGGCCUCCAAGAUGCCCGAGGGUCUUCAGGAAGGCCAGAGUCCCAACACGGGCUCGGAAGGAGCAGAGUCGGGCCACUCGGACACCUCCCAUGGCUCCGAGGAGCAAAGGGGUUUGGUGCAACUCGAUUGUUCCGGGGGUCAGGGCUCAUCCCCAGUUUCCGAGGCCUCGCCAGCCCCCAUCUCCCAGUCCAUGAAUAGCCACUACUUUGCCACCUCGAUUACCAACCUGGAUCUCCCGAGCGACCUCAAAAUGGACCCUCAGUUCAACUUUAACCAUCCCUUUUCCAUCACCAACUUGAUGUCCACGGAGCAGAACCACAAGAUUGACCUGAAGUCCUACGAGCAAGCCAUGGCCUACAGCGGCUACAGCUCCCCACACGCGGUGGAAAGCAAACACCCCUAUGAGGCGUCCACUUCGCUCAGCGAGACCGGCUCCUAUUAUCAGAACCUGUACAGCCGCUCCUUGCUCAACGCCUCGUAAGGUUGUCGUCGUGAGAUAGGAGGGGGCCAAAGGAACAAGAGAAGCUCUGCCUCGUGCCGCCACCACCAGCAAGACCAUCCACGAGAUGUUCUCUCCCACCGCCAUCCAAUCGCAUCGUGGCCCGUGGGACAGAGAAAGCAACCAGAGACUUGGCCUACUAGACUCUCUGACGAAUCAUUACGCUUUCCAGACCUCAAAACCGAAAUUGCCUCAUAGCGGUCCAGAGCUCCUUUGGCGGCCUUCCGUGUCAAUGGACUCACUUGCCCAUCAUGACCAGAGAAAAGCAAGGAAGAACAAGCUCACACACCUUUGGGCCACCAACCAAUGGCCAGCUGGGUGAUAAAGGCCAUGGAUGGAGUCAACUAUACUUCAGCAUGGGUUCGCACCCAUGGCAGAUCCCCACCACCUCAAAAUAGUGGACCCCACUCUGAAUUUUACGGUGACUAAAGGUGCUUGAUAUAUCUCCAGGAGUGGAGCUUGGAUGGGAAAAGGGGCAGAGAAAUGGAAAUUUGCAAGCUGGGGAACCACCCCUUGGCCCAGAACAUUGGACUUUCCUGUCUCAACGCAGAUGUUACAGUCAACGGUUGAACUCUUGUCUUGAGAUUCUCAAACCCACCCGUUUAGGUCAGAAUGAUACGUGGCAGGACUCCAUUGUUACACACACACACACACACACACACACACACACACGGGUUUGGUUACCCCAAAGACAAUUUAGGCCUCAGCCUGAAGAGGAGCAGGGAAAAUAUAGUUCACAUCUAUCUUCUUCUUUUUUUAAAAGAAAAAGUGGCUUUAUAUAUUUAAAUAUUUGUGCUUUCUGUUGGGAAAAAGGGUAAGAGCUGAUUUAAUAUAUCAUACUUUAGAGACAAUUCAAGGGGGCGUUUGUUUCAAGUGUCCUUUUCUUUUCGGUAUUAAUGAUAAUUAAAACAAAACGGUAUUCAGGGUUUCCCCUCCCCCAAACGCCAUCCCACCGCUAGCAAGGAAUUUAUAACUCUGAUCUGGUGGCACAAGCCAACAAAAGACUCCUGGCUCCCAGUACUUAAGACCUCGAAAAUAUUUAUUUAUUUUUAACACACACUUCCCCCGAUCUUCCAGGGCUGAGGGUGGGAAUGAGUGAAGCUGCCUACGUCAGACCCAGCUCACUGUUCGCCUAACACCACAGACUGACAGCACUUCUUCAAGAUUUGGGACAGGCUUCUCCCACAGCCCCACGGGGACAUCCCAGGGGUUGAAUCUGGCCCUAUUUUUUGCAUGCAACGCCAAUGCUGUACCAUUGAGCUACAAACCCUUCUGCAGAACAACAACCUCUGCAGAGCAGAAAUAGCGGGCGUAAACUUAAAAAAUAAAACCUGCCACUAUCGUGCCCAGAUACUCAAUCAGCAUAGCUGUCAACUUACAGAUUUGAAAAUAAGGACCAGCAGCCUCGAAAAUAAGGGACCAGCAGCCAAAAUAAGGGAUCAACAAUU